AUGGGAAUAAUUAAAGAUACGAUCCGGUCGGCUAUUGGAGCCGAUCAAGUCAAUAAUGGCUUCGGAGGGCCAAACCUAUCCUUCUUGGAUAGGAACAGAUCAAGCAACAGUGGAAGCCGUCGCGAUCGAAGAAGCUCCGUGUAUCGCGGUGAGCAGCAGUACGCAUCUUCUAGCCGUCCACGGCCACGAAGUUACGAAAAUGGCUAUGCUGAGCAGGAUGAUCUCCGGGACCGCUCACAGCGUCGCCAAAGCGUCGCGUAUUAUGACGAUAACGGCACAACUCUCAAUCGGAACCAUUACCAAUCUCCAGGAAAUCCUGAAUAUGUGAUGCCGAUGCGGCAAGCAGGCUCUUAUGAAGCACCGCCUUACCACCAGUCCGACCGACUUCAUGGUCGUCAAUAUCAUGAUGACAGGCUAAUGCCUCCAUUUUCCACAAGGGAUAUGCAGCUGCGAAGCUCUUUACGCGAACAAGACUUUUUUCGCCCUCUGGUUCUGCCACAGAUCGCCUACGGGGAGGGGCAGCCUUUUCUUCGCGGGUACAGUGACAACUUGGCACACUACGGCAUCUAUGAGACGGAUUUCAUCGCACUAGUAGAUGCAGUCAAUGUUGCCAUUCUGCCUAAUCCUGAGAACCAGAUUUUUCAGAAAGGAGCCAACAUAGCCGGAUGGUUUGUGCCUGGUGCUGCUGGCAUCGGACUUACAGCUGGCCAGAUUGGGGUUGGUAUUGGUGCAGCAGUUGGCCAUGCAUCUUCCAUAUCCCGAGUCUUAUCUGCAGCCAAUAUGGACGUCUUCCUACCGAGAGGUGUCGAACUAUGUAUUGGCACAGCGAAAGAUAUUGAUGCUGAAGUCGGAAUUGUUUCAAAUGCGAACAGGGGGAGGACAUACGGCGACUCAUCGCCUGAAGCACGGAUAGAGUCAUACGGCGAUCUUGUUGCCCCUCUGUCGCGAAUAUUGCCGCCCACGAGUCAAAAUGGUCGCACUGAUCCCAUUGCCAUGUUCGCCCGAGGGUUGACUGACCGAACGUCCCAGAAGACCUUGAGCAAAGCUGAGAAAGAUGCAUCCAAGGGGAAGAACAAAAAGUUGGAUGCUCUGGAAGGGGGGCUGAAAUGGCUCAUGGUGAGACGAGCUUCUCCUGACGCUCUCGCGCACUGGCAGCGAAAACUACAGCAGGACGACCGCGGCGUGUCUCGCCAGUGA